AUGGCGCAAACACUUGAACAACGACGUCGCAACGCCAAGUUUGCCCGCGAGCAGGAAGCUCGUAUGGGCAAGCCCGAGAGUGCUAUUAAGAAGAAGGAGAAGAAGGUUGUUCUAAAGUCCCCUGUGUCUCCCUUCUGGUUGAUUAUUCUUGCCUUUGUCGUCUUUGGUGGCCUCUUCUUCGAAGUCCUCGCUAGCUGGUUCCACUAA